AUGAUGAUGGACAACGGGGUGUUAAAUAACUAUGAGUACGGGGAUGGGUACAUGGAACAGGAAGAGGAAUGGGAGCGCGAGGGUCUUCUAGACCCGGCUUGGGAGAAACAACAGAAAAAGACUUUUACAGCAUGGUGCAACAGUCACUUGAGGAAGGCUGGCACCGGCAUCGAAAACAUCGACGAGGACUUUCGCAAUGGCCUCAAACUAAUGUUGCUGUUAGAAGUUAUCUCCGGCGAAACCCUGCCCAAGCCUGACCGUGGCAAAAUGCGUUUCCACAAGAUCGCCAAUGUCAACAAGGCUCUGGACUUCAUCGCAUCCAAAGGGGUAAAAUUGGUGUCCAUUGGUGCAGAAGAAAUCGUUGAUGGCAAUCUUAAGAUGACCCUAGGUAUGAUCUGGACCAUCAUUCUGAGAUUCGCCAUCCAAGACAUCUCAGUAGAAGAAAUGACUGCUAAGGAAGGUCUACUUCUCUGGUGCCAGCGCAAGACUGCACCCUACAAGAACGUCAAUGUACAGAACUUCCACCUCUCAUUCAAGGACGGUUUAGCUUUCUGUGCUCUCAUUCACAGGCACAGGCCAGACUUGAUCGAUUACAGCAAGCUUUCUAAGGACAACCCACUGGAGAACUUGAACACCGCAUUCGAUGUUGCCGAGAAGUACCUCGACAUCCCCCGCAUGUUGGACCCUGACGACCUUAUAAACACGCCCAAGCCGGACGAACGCGCCAUUAUGACCUAUGUGUCAUGUUACUACCACGCGUUCCAAGGCGCGCAACAGCCGCAUGAACUAACUCCAUGUCGCUUGCGUGCACCGCUAGAUCUGCAGAAUACCGCGAUGCCGGACGAGCGCGCCGUCAUGACCUACGUAUCUUCAUACUACCAUUGCUUCUCUGGCGCGCAAAAGGCUGAAACGGCCGCGAACCGCAUUUGCAAAGUUCUCAAAGUCAACCAGGAGAACGAACGCCUUAUGGAAGAGUACGAACGUCUCGCCAGUGACUUAUUGGACUGGAUCCGCCGCACAAUGCCAUGGCUCAACAGCCGUCAAACCGAUAACUCGCUUGCCGGUUGCCAGAAGAAACUGGAGGAUUACCGUACUUACAGGCGUAAACACAAGCCACCACGUGUAGAACAGAAGGCCAAGCUGGAGACCAACUUCAACACCCUACAAACUAAACUGCGCCUCAGCAACCGCCCCGCCUACAUGCCCACUGAGGGUAAGAUGGUCUCUGACAUCGCUCAAGCAUGGAAGGGUCUGGAAAUCGCCGAAAAAGCAUUCGAGGAGUGGCUCUUGAGUGAAAUGAUGCGCCUUGAGCGUCUUGAAUAUCUUGCGCAAAAGUUCAAGCACAAGGCUGACAUCCACGAAGACUGGACCAGAGGUAAAGAGGAGAUGCUACAAUCGCAAGACUUCAGACAAUGCAAGUUGUAUGACAUCAAGGCGCUUAAGAAGAAACAUGAAGCCUUCGAGUCGGAUCUCGCGGCGCACCAGGACCGCGUCGAACAGAUCGCUGCUAUCGCACAGGAGCUAAAUACUCUAGAGUACCACGAGGUGGCGUCCGUGAACGCGCGCUGCCAGCGCAUCUGCGGGCAGUGGGACCGGCUGGGCGCGCUCACGCAGCGCCGCCGCCUCGCGCUGGACGACGCCGAGCGCGUGCUCGAACAGAUCGACCUGCUGCACCUAGAGUUCGCCAAGCGCGCCGCGCCCUUCAAUAACUGGCUGGACGGCACCCGCGAGGACCUGGUGGACAUGUUCAUAGUGCACACCAUCGAGGAGAUCUCCGGGCUGAUGGACGCGCACGCGCGCUUCAAGGCCACGCUGGGCGAAGCCGACAAGGAGUACCAGGCCAUCGUCAGCCUCGUGCACCAGGUCGAGGCCAUCGUCAAGCAGCACCAGAUCCCGGGCGGCUUGGAGAACCCCUACACCACGCUUACCGCUCAUGAGCUGAACCGCAAGUGGUCGGACGUGCGGCAGCUGGUGCCGCAGCGCGACGGCACGCUGGCGGCCGAGCUGCGCAAGCAGCAGAGCAACGAGACGCUGCGCCGCCAGUUCGCGGAGAAGGCCAACGCCGUCGGGCCCUGGAUCGAGCGCCAGAUGGACGCCGUCACCGCCAUCGGCAUGGGCCUGCAGGGCUCGCUAGAAGACCAGUUACACCGACUCAAGGAGUACGAAGCGGGCGUAUACGCGUACAAGCCGCACAUCGAGGAGCUGGAGCGUAUUCACCAGGCUGUACAGGAGGGCAUGAUCUUCGAGAACAGGUAUUCUCAAUACACAAUGGAGACGCUCCGCGUGGGCUGGGAACAACUCCUCACGUCCAUCAACCGCACCAUCAACGAAGUAGAGAACCAGAUCCUCACGCGCGACUCCAAGGGUAUCACGCAGGAACAGCUCACCGAGUUCCGCGCCUCAUUCAACCACUUCGACAAGAACCGCACCGGCCGUCUCGCCCCCGAAGAGCUGAAAUCUUGCCUCGUAUCGCUCGGCUACAGCAUCGGCAAGGACCGUCAGGGAGAACUCGACUUCCAGCGCAUACUCGCCGUCGUCGACCCCAACAACACUGGCUACGUGUCCUUCGACGCGUUCCUGGACUUCAUGACUCGGGAGUCCACCGACACCGACACCGCUGAGCAGGUCAUCGACAGCUUCAGGAUCCUGGCUGGUGACAAGCCGUACAUAACGGCGGACGAGCUGCGCCGCGAGCUGCCGCCCGACCAGGCGGAGUACUGCGUGGCGCGCAUGCCGCCCUACCGCGGGCCCAACGCGCCGCCGCACGCGCUCGACUACAUGGCCUUCUCCACCGCGCUCUACGGCGAGACCGACCUU